AUGGGCGGGGUGUAUACAAAGAAGUUGUCGGACAAACUUACGGAACUCUAGAGAGUGAAGAGAGGAGGAUUUAGAGAGAGAACAGAGGAGAGAGAGACUAGCAGAUGGCUGAAAAAGCUGUACUUGGAUUCCUACAAAAGAAUGAGGAAAUUUCAGACUCGGGUCAAUUCGCUGUCGAGCGAGGAAUCGAUCACGAUGACAUCGUCAACGUCAUCAAGAGCCUCCGUGGUUUCGGCUUCGUCGAUGCUCAGGACAUCAAGAGGGAGAAGUGGGUUCUCACUGAUGAGGGGAGAGCAUAUGCAGCUGCUGGAUCACCAGAAGUACAGUUUUUCUUUGCCAUACCAACAGAGGGUAUCCCGCCGGAAGAAUUGCAGCGAAAACUUGAUUCUUCCAUUUUCAAAAUAGGGCGCUCACAGGCCAUAAAGAAUCAAUGGGUGGAGAUGGGAAAACAACGAGUGAGCAGGAAGAUUCUACAUGUAGAAGACAAAGUUAAAGAUUUACUUAUACGGGUACAAGAUGGAGAGGCCAUUAAUCCAGAAGAUAUUGACGCUCUCAAAAGAAGAAAGCUUAUUGCUCCCCAGACAUGGAAGGGAUACUCGGUAAGAAAAGGUGCUAAUUAUGCUCCAGAAAGGAAAAAAGUUGCUACUGAUUUGACUCGAGAUUAUCUGCAAAGAGGUGAUUGGAAGGAAUUGGAAUUCAAAGAGUACAACUUUAGUGCCAAAGGUCAGCCUGCUGAAAGUGGCCAUCUUCAUCCGUUGCUCAAGGUACGGCAACAAUUGCAGAUGAUCUUUCUUCAGAUGGGAUUUGAGGAAAUGCCCACGAACAAUUUUGCUGAAAGCAGCUUCUGGAAUUUUGAUGCAUUAUUCCAGCCGCAGCAACACCCUGCUCGUGAUUCUCAUGAUACAUUCUUCUUGCAAGCUCCUUCGACCACAAAGAUGCUGCCUGAAGAUUACGUUGAGCGGGUGAAGCAUGUUCAUGAGAUUGGUGGUUAUGGGUCCCGAGGGUAUGGAUAUGAUUGGAAAAGAGAGGAUGCGGACAAAAAUGUUCUACGAACUCACACAACUGCUGUUUCCUCGAGGAUGCUCUACUUACUUGCACAGAAACCUUUUGUGCCCAAGAGGUACUACUCGAUAGAUCGAGUCUUCAGAAAUGAAGCUGUGGAUCGCACUCAUCUCGCAGAGUUCCACCAGAUAGAAGGUCUAGUGUGUGAUCGAGGGCUUACUCUUGGUGAUCUGAAAGGAGUUCUGAGUGAUUUUUUUUCCCGUCUUGGUAUGUCCAAACUGCGUUUCAAGCCUGCUUACAAUCCAUACACUGAACCCAGCAUGGAAAUAUUUGGUUAUCAUGAAGGCUUAAAGAAAUGGGUGGAAAUUGGAAAUUCUGGCAUGUUUAGGCCGGAGAUGUUACUCCCUAUGGGACUCCCAGAAGAUGUUCGGGUUAUUGCAUGGGGCCUCUCCCUUGAAAGACCAACCAUGAUAUUGUACAAGGUUGAUAACAUCCGAGAUCUCUUCGGCCACAAGGUGGAUCUUAGUCUCAUCAAGAGAAACCCAAUAUGUCGAAUCGGGAUCGAGUAGAAUGCUGAGCGAUCAUUGCAGUAUAUUUUCCGACAAAAUUUUCUUUUAUAGAGUCUUUUCCUUGCAAGAACAGCUCGGGAAAUUUGACACCAUAUUUAAGCAAGGAAACACCAAUGGAAUGGACACCAUAUUCGAGUGAUUCAUUGCAAGGUAACACCAAUGGACACCUUAUUGAUCAACCGUCGAAAGCCAGAGCUGGUUGACAUGUAAGUACUAUUUGGUGGUCGCUUGGAUUGCAAUUUUUCUUACAAAGGAAAUGGGUUUGGAGCUGAAUAUAUUGUAAAGCUCUCAGCCAUGUAAUGUGAUACUUUGCGGAUGCAUUUUAAACGUUUGGGUCAUUUAUUUUUUCGUA